AUGAAAAUGAGGCGGAUUAUUCCAUUUAAUAUAUACAGCUUCAAUAUUCUGAUAAAAUGUUUCUGCACCUGCUCUAAGCUUCCUUUUGCUUUGUCUACGUUUGGUAAGCUCACCAAGCUUGGACUCCACCCUGAUGUUGUCACCUUCAACACCCUGCUCCAUAGAUUAUGUGUGGUGGAAGAUAGAGUUUCCGAAGCCUUGGAUUUGUUUCAUCAAAUGCAAUGCAGACCAGAUGUCAUAACGUACAACACUCUGAUGAACGGUCUUUGCUGCUGCGAGGGUAGAGUUGUCGAAGAAGCCGUAGCUCUGCUUGAUCGGAUGGUGGAAAAUGGUCUCCAGCCUACACAGAUUACUUACGGCACAAUCGUGGAUGGGAUGUGUAAGAUGGGCGACACUGUGUCUGCAUUGAAUCUGCUGAGGAAGUUGGAGGAGGUUAGCCACAUCAAACCCAAUGUGGUAAUCUAUAGUGCCAUCAUUGAUGGCCUUUGGAAAGACGGAUGUCAUACCGAUGCUCAUAAUCUUUUCAGUGAAAUGCAAGACAAAGGAAUCUUUCCCAAUUUAUUUACCUACAACUGUAUGAUCAACGGGUUUUGUAGCUCUGGUAGAUGGAUCGACGCGCAGCAGUUGUUGCAAGAAAUGUUAGUAAAGAAGAUCAGCCCUGAUGUUGUAACUUUCAGUGCAUUGAUCAAUGCAUUUGUCAAAGAGGGCGAUCUUAAUUCUGCGCAAGACCUUUUACAGGAGAUGAUUUCUAGUGGUGUGUGCCCUAAUGUCGUUACUUGUAACACUUUUCUGGACGGUCUCUUCGGUAACGGGAAACUAAAAGAUGCAUUGGAAAUGUUUAAGGCUAUGCAAAAGAGUAAGAUGGACAUUGAUGCUAGUCACCCCUUCGAUGGUGUGGAACCUGAUGUUCAAACUUACAAUAUAUUGAUCUGCGGCUUGAUCAAUGAAGGGAAGUUUUUAGAGGCUGAGGAAUUAUACGAGGAGAUGCCCCACAGGGGUAUAGUCCCAGAUACUAUCACCUAUAGCUCAAUGAUCAAUGGAUUAUGCAAGCAGAGCCGCCUAGAUGAGGCUACACAAAUGUUUGAUUCGAUGGGUAGCAAGAGCUUCUCUCCAAACAUAGUGACAAUUAACACACUCAUUACUGGCUAUUGUAAGGCAGGAAUGGUUGACGACGGGCUGGAGCUUUUCUGCGAGAUGGGUCGAAGAGGGAUAGUUGCUAAUGCAAUUACUUACAUCGCUUUGAUUCAUGGUUUUAGUAAAGUGGGUAAUAUUAAUGGGGCUCUAGACGUUUUCCAGGAGAUGAUUUCAAGUGGUGUAAAUCCUGAUACCAUUACUAUCCGCAAUAUGCUGACUAGUUUAUGGAGUAAAGAGGAUCUAAAAAGGGCAGUGGCAAUGCUUGAGGGUCUGCAGAUGAGUAUGGAUCUAUCAUUUGGAGGUUGAAUGAUCAAAGAUUUUCCUACUGUUUGCAGCAGAGCUUCAAUGUUAUUUUGUUUUGCUGCUGCAUUAAAACACUACUAAUGUUUGAUCAAAUCGUUGAAUAGAGUGAUCAUAGUGAAAAAAUUGUAUGGUCAAUGAGCUGUUUUGCUGCU